AUGGCACCUGACCCACGAACGGAACCUGUAUCAUCUGGCGACGUUCCUGCUGCCAGCAAAGAGAUAGAUCUUACCGAAAGUGCCAGUGGUAGCGAGAUUGGUGUUCACUCGUCCAGCAAGGGACGUCGAGGAGAAAAUGCAUUCUCGACUCAUGGACUGCGUCAAGACAACUACAGGCCCGUCGAUACAUAUGAGGGCAUACAUCGAUAUGAUCCCGACUUUGAGUGGGAGCCGGAGGAAGAACGCAAAGUCGUCCGAAAGAUCGACAAGCGCAUUUGUACAUGGGUUUGUUUGAUGUUCUUUGCGUUGUGA